GAAGAGAGAGCGGCGAGUCCGAGAAGAGAGGAGGAGAGGAGGAGGAGGAGGAGCGCGCCGUCGUGUCUCCUCUCAAACCUGGGGAAGAAGAUGAAGAUGGUGGUGUGUCAUGUGACCCUGCUGGACGGGAGCCCGUUCCAGUGUGAGGUGGAGAAGCGAGCCAAGGGUCAGAUACUGUUUCAGAAAGUGUGCGAACACUUGAACAUCCUGGAGAAGGAUUACUUCGGCCUGAGCUUCAAAGACAACGCAGACCAGAGGUGCUGGCUCGAUCCUACAAAGGAGAUCAAACGUCAGAUCCGCAACUCGCAGUGGCAGUUUGCCUUCAACGUGAAGUUUUAUCCACCGGAUCCAUCGCAGCUCACUGAGGACAUCACCAGGUAUCUGCUGUGUCUGCAGUUGAGGCAGGACAUCGUGUCGGGUCGGUUGCCGUGUUCGUUCGUCACUCUGGCUCUGCUCAGCUCCUACACGCUGCAGGCGGAGCUCGGAGAUCACGACUCGGCCGAGCAGCAGCUCCACUCCGUCACCGACUUCCAGCUCACUAAAGAGCAAACCAAAGAGCUCGAGGAGAAAGUGCUGGAGCUGCACAAGUCCCACAGGGGAAUGUCUCCAGCCCAGGCUGAUAUAAAUUUCUUGGAAAAUGCCAAAAAACUCUCUAUGUAUGGGGUCGACCUUCAUCAGGCAAAGGACUCCGAGGGCGUGGACAUCAUGUUGGGAGUGUGUGCUAACGGCCUGUUGAUCUAUAAAGACCGUCUGAGGAUCAACCGCUUCGCCUGGCCCAAGAUCCUCAAGAUUUCUUACAAACGCAGCAACUUUUACAUCAAGAUCAGACCGGGAGAGACGGAGCAGUUUGAGAGCACAGUGGGAUUUAAGCUGCCCAACUAUCGCGCCGCUAAGAGGGUUUGGAAAGUCUGUGUGGAGCAUCACACCUUCUUCAGGUUGACGAAUCCGGAGCAGCCGACUAAGUCGAAGUUCCUGACUCUGGGUUCUAAGUUCCGUUACAGCGGGAGAACCCAGGCUCAGACCCGACAGGCCAGCGCUCUGAUCGACCGACCCGCUCCACACUUCCUCCGCACGGCCAGCAAGCGCAGCUCACGCAGCCUCGACACCGCUCCAGUGAGCGAUCAUGGCCACGCCCCCAGUGAGAACGGUCGUGACCCCGCCCUGGAUCUGUCCUCCGAUUCCAAGAUUCCGCAGGUGGAAGAAGGGGCGGAGCCUGGGGAGGCCACGGAUGCAGAAGUCACUGCCGAACACGUAGCUGAGACUGAAACAGAGCGAGCUGAUUCCUCUCAGACCAAGAGCAAGCUGAGAGUGCAGGGAGAGAAUAUUUAUGUCAGACAUAGCAAUCUAAUGCUGGAGGAUCUGGAUAAGACUCAGGAGGAUGUUUUGAGGCAUCAGGCUAGCAUUAGCGAGCUAAAGCGCAGUUUUAUGGAGGCGGCUCCAGAGCCCCGGCCCAGUCAGUGGGAAAAGCGUCUGACGGGCAGCCCCGCCGCCACCAGCCUGCGCCCGCCCGUCCCAGGGAGUUUAGAAGAGGAGCUCACUUCUCUGUUUCUGCGUAAAGUGUGUUUCUCUGGCUCCCCCGAGUCCCGCAGUGGCACGGUCUCUCCAGCAGAGGGCGCUGUCGCUGCACGGUCCGAGAUAAACCCCGCCCACCUCGAGAGCGCCCUGUCUGACAGCGGUGACAUCAGCAAGAACGAACAGAAUUCAGGGCUUAACGGUGAGCCCGAGGUUAUAGAAGUCGUGGAGGAGAUCAUCGUUAUCGAAGAGGCCAAAACAGACAAGCCCAAAAGCCCCGCCCCGGAGGCGUCUACUGUGGUAACCGUGGUUACCGAGAAAGCCCCGGAAGCAAAAGAAGAGGAGGUGGAGCCGGAGAAGAGCGGCUCGUCAGAGAGCGAGAGUGAGGAGGAGGCGGAGUAUCAAGCUCAGCUUCCCGCCUCCAGAGACUCCACCCAUCUUAUAAAAGAGGAGCCUGAAGAGGAACAGGAGCAAGAGGCGGAGCUUCAACAGGAAGCCACACCCACAGAGGCAGAGCCACAGCCGGUCAGCGAGUCCGUGAAAGAGGAGGAGCCACCAGCACUGGCAGAAGAGGAAGUAUCCGGAGAAGAAGUCUUGGUGACUCCUGAUGAAGCACCCAAUGGUCACGCUGAUGACGCCGAAGCUCCGCCCUCUCCCUGCGCUGUGGCUGAGGAGCAAGAGGAGGAGCCUUGUGUCGUCAACGGUGACGCGUCGCACAUGGAAACGGAGCGCGUCCCGCAGCCCCCGGUGGUGAAAACAGAAAUGGUGACCAUCUCGGACACGUUCGCGGCUCAGAAGACGGAGAUCACCACCAAAGAGGUUCCCAUCGUCCACACGGAAACCAAAACCAUCACGUACGAAGCUGCACAGUUGGACGGCUCCGGAGACGGUGAGCCCGGCGUGCUCAUGACGGCUCAGACCAUCACCUCGGAGUCUCUGUGUACAACUACAACUACACACAUCACCAAGACACUAAAAGGCGGGCUGU